ACUCCAACAGCUAAUAAUUCAAAAAAAGCUUCACUCUAACAUUUCUCCAUCGACAUGAGGAUCUGCGGCGGCUUCCUCUCAAACGCUGUCGUUUUCGGAUUAACGUUAACGCUCUGUCUGCACCUGCUAAAAUCACAGGCGGGUGACGGUGACGGUCACGGCGAUAGAAUAGUCGCACUUCCUGGACAGCCUAAAGUCGUGUUUCAGCAGUUUUCCGGCUACGUCACCGUCGACGAAGCCGCCGGAAGAUCCCUCUUUUACUGGCUCACGGAGGCCGCCGACAGACCGUCGGAAAAACCUCUCGUUGUCUGGCUCAAUGGAGGACCAGGCUGCUCUUCCAUUGCUUAUGGUGCAUCUGAAGAAAUUGGACCAUUCAAGAUCAAUAAAACAGCCUCUGGUUUGUACCUCAACAAAUACUCAUGGAACAAAUUGGCUAAUUUAUUAUUUCUAGAAGCUCCCGCCGGCGUCGGCUUUUCUUACACGAACCGCUCCUCCGACCUCCUUAACACCGGCGACCGUCGAACCGCAAAGGAUUCGGCCCGGUUCCUGGUGCGGUGGCUGGACCGGUUCCCUAAAUACAAGAACCGGGAAAUAUACCUGACCGGGGAGAGCUACGCCGGGCACUACGUGCCGCAGCUGGCGCGCGAGGUCCUGGAGCACAACCGGAGGUCCCGGAGCAAGAUCAAUCUGAAGGGGGUUAUGGUGGGGAAUGCGGUGACGGACAACUACUACGACAACGUCGGAACUGUGAACUACUGGUGGAGCCACGCCAUGAUCUCCGACAGGACCUACCGGCGCCUGCUGAGCACGUGCGACUUCAAGGGCCAGGUCCAGGACUCCUCCCAGUGCGAGAACCUCUACUACUACGCCAUGGACAAAGAGUUCGGCAACAUUGACCAGUACAACAUCUACGCGCCGCCGUGCCGCCACAACUCCGACCGCCACCGCCACCUCCGCCGCCGCAUCCGUCUCCCGCAUCUCCCUUACCACCCACUGUCGGGAUAUGAUCCGUGUACGGAAAAGUACGCAGAGAUUUAUUACAACCGGGGGGACGUCCAGAGAGCUCUCCAUGCAAACAUUUCAGGACAUAUUCCCUACAAAUGGACAGCAUGCAGCGAGACGUUGAACAGAAACUGGAACGACACAGAGACCUCAGUUCUUCCGAUAUACAGACAAUUAAUUGCUGCAGGAUUGAGAAUAUGGGUUUUCAGUGGGGACGUGGACUCAGUGGUGCCAGUAACAGCCACGAGAUAUUCCCUGGCCCAGUUGAAAUUGGAGACCAAUAUUCCAUGGUAUCCUUGGUAUGUCAAUAAUCAGGUGGGUGGGUGGACUGAGGUGUACAAGGGGGGGUUGACUUUUGCGACGGUCAGAGGGGCAGGGCAUGAGGUGCCUAUGUUCAAGCCGAGGGCGGCAUUUCAGCUCUUCACAUCAUUCUUGAAAGGGCGCCCUUUGCCGAGAUCAUCAUCAUCAUCUUGACAAAUCACAGCCGUCCAUUUUUAUUAGUAUUAAUUAAUAUUUCUAUGAUUUUGCAAUGAAUCAAUCAAUAUCAUCAGUGUCACUUGUCAGGUACUAUUAGUGUCGGGGAUGAAUUAUUGAAUUAAUGAUGCUUUAGAUCUC